GUAUAUGUAUAUACACAAAUUAUAAUUCUGAGGAUUAUAUAAUAUGAAAAUGUUUGUAGCAGCAUAAAUAUACAGUGAGUACCGCCAUCCUAAAAUUGAUGAGUCUGUAAUUUUAUUUACCUCUUGGGAAUCAGUUGAGCUAUUGAUUCAGCAGCAAAUGUAUUUUGAUUAAGAUUGUGGCAAGAUAUGUUUGACAACAAUUCCAAAUUAUUAGAACCUAUUACAUAUUUAAAGUCUACAGUCAUCUGAGAUCAUGUGUCUGAUCUUAGCUUAGUCAGAUAAAUCAAUAUUUUGUUUCAAGGACUAUGUUGUCAAUGCUGUAUAAUUACCAUGUAUUGUAUAGAAACCGUGUACCUUUCUAGAUAGUUUGGAAACAUGUUGUGAUACUCAGUGCUUAUGUUUAUGCUAAUGGGGCUAGAAUCAUGAAUGCGGAGAUUAAUAUGCUUCACAUACAUUUACAACGUAACUUUCAGGCAUAUAUACAGAUUGAAUCUGCACUAGCUGAAGGAGUUUAACAGUUAAGGCUUAGUUCCCCAGCUGUGAACAUUGUUAUUUAUGGUGUUUAUUAUGGUUGUGGCUGUAAAUGAUUUUAGAAAUCAGAGAAAUAUUUCCAGGAAACCUCGAUAUCUUAAAAAAAAUUUAGAAUGUGAGUUUUUUUCCCUACUUUUACUUGGAACUAAAAUGUACAUUCUGAUUUUAACACAUGUCAGAUUAUUCAAGAACAACAAUAAAAACUUAAAAACCAUCAUGAAAAUAUAGUGAUUUUAUUUAAAUGGGCUAAAUGGAACAUGGACCCAGUCAGGAUUUCCUGAUUUAUCUGGUUUUGACUUCAAACACUCCGGUUAGCUUGCAUUUUUUAAACUAAUGAGUUUAUCACAGCCAGUGGGGAAAAUGGUUAAAGUAUAUCAGCUGUAAAUUGGCACAAAGUACUGAAAGGGACAUUAGCCUCUAAUCAGAUUCUAACAGUUCAUUAAAUCCGCCUUUCCAGGAUGGCUCUUUGUCUUUUCCCCUCUUUUGCUAGGGCCUCCCCUAUCGGGCAUCUCUUCUUGCCUUUUCAUCUGGGCAAGACCUCCUCCAGGAUAGGAAGCAAUAUCAACUCAUCCUUCAUUGUCUACCAACCAAACAGCCUACAGGAUGCUUUGUUCAGGUGGAUUCCUGGAGCCGCUGUGAGCCUCUGGGGAGCUGAGGGCUGGCAGGCUGCAGGAAGGCUUUCCUGAGACUGGGUGGUGGCGAGCCAAGCUGGCUGCAUGCAGCCACAGAAGCAAGUGACCGUUUGGAUUUGAAAUCCUUGCCCGAUGUAUAAACAGCCCAGAGGCCUCCGUGAAAGGAUUUCAAGUUUGGAACAAAUUAACUGAGCUCUCCAGUAAUACUUUAGUUCCUUCUGCUGUGCACUAUCUAUUAAGAUGUAACCCCCCCCCCUAAAAAAAUACAAAAUUUUUUUAAAUGUAUCCUGCCAAUUUUGAAAAUACUGUCAAUAUAUAAGGCAAGAAAAUUGACAGUGAUUUGUUUUGUUCUUUUUAUUACCUAAUAGACUAGGUGGCAUAGACUUUUUAAAAUGCUCAUUAGUUAACUCUAGAGUCAAUUUGCUUUUUCUUGUUGAUUUCUUAGAGCAAAUAUUUGUGAUACGAGGCCCUAUAAAUUUUAUCUCUUAGAGCAUUUUUCUUAAACAAAAAGAAUAGUCAAUAAAUAGGAGAAAUAAUUAGAGCUUCACUAUACUGCACUCUGUUGGUAUUAUUUGGUAAUAAAACAUGUAAUUUAUGAUUUGUUGAAAUGGGAGUUGUUUUUAUUUAACUUUCUAUUUGGUAGAAAAGAAACUGUACGAAAGGUGAAAACCCAAAGGUUUAGAAAUUAUCUUUUUCUAAUCUUUUUCACCAUGUAGGCAAAAUAUUUAGAAACUGAUCUUUUUUUCUCAAUUAGAAACGGAUUUUCUUUUUCUGUUAAUAAGACCACUUUAAUGUCAUAUGGUCAUAUUUUGUAAUUGAGCAAAAAUAACCAUUCUAGAAACUCAGUCAAAUUUCAUCUUAUCAGUUUAUUAGUCAGUAAAGUUGGCAUUCUAAACAUGUUUUAAAAUAUGAGCCUGAUUUGGGCCUUAAGUGAGCACUGAAAUAUGACUCUCUGACUCCCUUCCUAGGUUACUGGCUUCAGAAAAUCCCCAAAGCAAUGACAAUGGUAGAAAAUAACCUUGAUUUAAUCUUUUUAUAAAUGUUGUUUGAAGUGCAGUUGUGCUACAAUAUUUUAAAUAAGGGUUUCCUUUCCAAGAGGUAUUAAAUUGAGCCAAACAGACCAGAAAACAAAUUAUUUGUUUUUUAGCUACAACUUCAGCUUAAGAAUUCACUCUUAAUCUAAGAUUAUGUUGGUUGUUUUUAAAGUAGAUAUUUGUACUUGGGGGUUGAUAUGUAGAAAUUUUCAUUUGAUCAGAAUUGCCAUGAUAUAAAAAAUGAAUGUCUAGAAUUAUAUUAUCUUGCUUUUAAAGUAUUUAGGCUUGGACUAAUGUGAGAAUAUAUAAAUUAUUUUUAUCUGAUUUUCUUCUUUGUGUAUGUCUUUUGUACAAUACAAUCUUCAGAGCUAAAGAAGACAGAAACUUGCCUUAUAUUUCCUUUUACUAUUGGGAAAGUGUGAUGAAUUGUUCCAGCCCCAUAUAAAUUAAUGUAAGGUUUCCAUACUCAGUUUAUUAUAGUCUGACCUCCACCCCAGAGGUCAGAGAAUCAGACUGAUUAAUUCAACUACUUGGUCAUUAUUUCAAAUGAAAGUUCAGAGUGGGGGGAUAAUUGGUUAUGCUGCUAUUCUCAUUUAAUUAUGCUUCAUUGUUAAAAAAAAAAAAUUAGGUUAGCAGUACUAAAUGUACUACAAUGAAGGAAGACUCUACCAGAUGUCCUCUUUUGAAUGCUUUAGAGCUGAAUCUUUCUUUAUUUCUCUUUUAUUCUCAGAAUAUCAACACCUUUGAGAACAGAAUGUUAAUGCUUGAUGGGAUGCCGGCAGUCAGAGUCAAAACAGAGCUUUUGGAAUCUGAACAAGGGUCUCCAAACGUCCACAACUACCCCGAUAUGGAAGCUGUUCCCCUGUUGCUAAAUAACGUGAAAGGGGAGCCCCCGGAGGACUCGUUAUCUGUAGAUCACUUCCAAACACAAACUGAGCCAGUGGACUUGUCAAUAAACAAAGCCAGGACAUCCCCUACAGCCGUUUCAUCCUCCCCAGUUUCCAUGACAGCGUCUGCCUCCUCACCUUCUUCAACUUCAACCUCCUCCUCGUCUUCUAGCCGUCCAGCCUCAUCCCCAACUGUUAUAACAUCAGUAUCUUCAGCCUCAUCUUCGUCAACAGUGUUAACACCAGGGCCCCUUGUUGCCUCUGCCUCUGGCGUGGGAGGCCAGCAGUUUUUGCACAUUAUCCAUCCUGUACCACCUUCAAGUCCCAUGAACUUACAGUCUAACAAACUGAGUCAUGUUCACCGCAUCCCCGUGGUGGUACAGUCGGUGCCUGUUGUCUACACAGCCGUAAGGUCACCUGGAAAUGUGAACAACACUAUCGUCGUGCCGCUUUUGGAGGAUGGGAGAGGCCAUGGCAAAGCACAAAUGGACCCCCGAGGCCUAUCUCCCAGACAAAGUAAAAGUGACAGUGAUGAUGAUGACCUGCCAAAUGUGACCUUAGAUAGCGUUAAUGAAACUGGAUCUACGGCCCUUUCCAUAGCCAGAGCAGUACAAGAGGUACAUCCAUCGCCAGUAUCAAGGGUCCGAGGAAAUCGAAUGAAUAAUCAAAAGUUUGCUUGUUCUAUUUCACCAUUUAGUAUCGAGAGCACAAGACGCCAGAGACGGUCUGAGUCCCCAGACUCCAGGAAACGGCGUAUCCACAGAUGUGAUUUUGAGGGCUGCAACAAAGUCUACACAAAAAGUUCUCACCUGAAGGCUCAUCGGAGGACACAUACAGGAGAGAAACCCUACAAGUGUACCUGGGAAGGCUGCACCUGGAAGUUUGCCCGUUCGGAUGAACUAACGAGGCAUUACCGCAAACACACGGGAGUGAAGCCAUUCAAGUGCGCGGACUGCGAUCGCAGCUUUUCCCGGUCAGAUCACUUGGCCCUGCACCGCCGGAGGCACAUGCUGGUGUGAGGCACGCCACCUGUCCAGCUGAGCGUAAGAGCUGGGUCUCUUAGCGGCACCCCGUUCAGCAGGGCUGAAUCCCCUCCACAGUGUUAACGCAAAAAGGGCAUCACCAUCCCACGAUGUCUGGAACCAGGGCAGGAAAAAGAAGGAACACGUCUCCUUUCGGGCUGAAGGUAACCCCCAUCGCGACUACACGAGAACCAUCCGCACACUGGCCUGGGAGCUCAGUGACACAAAUGCUGAAGAGACAGGCAUUGUUUUCCGUGCUGUGUACUCUGCCACUUAAAGAUGUUUGUAGCUUGUACAUUUUCUGAGCUGUCAGACAUUUUGUUACUGAUAACCUUAAAGGUCAUCGGCCACAAAUUGAUGGCUAGAGGGAGACCUUUUAAACAUGUGGGUGAUUCUCCCAUCAUCCCGCCCCUUGACCCCUUUUUACAGAGAUUUUAGUUACUAUCUCAGUAAGUUAGAACACACAUCCAAUCUGUUACCAGCAAGCAGCGUGAAAGUAGAAAAGAAGAAGCUGUUGGAGAGGUUCCAUUACCUGGAAAUAAAGGGGCACUCAGCAGCCCUUUGCAAUAGUGGUGGCAGCAACUAGAUAUCACUCUCGACUUGUCAUUCUGCCAUGCCCUGAAGAAAGCCAACAUUGAAUCUUUCAUUCGUUUGUCGUUGAUUGUUUUCGUUUUGUUUUGAUUCUGUUUUUUUGUUCAUCUGUUCGAGCAGAGGGGCAGCGACAUUUCGGUCGAAGUCUCGUCCUCCUGGUCUCUGCCCUGGCAUGGACUGGCACAGAGGUGUUCUGUAGUUGAAUAGGAAGAGCCUGUCUAAAAAACUACUGCCCCACUUCAAAUUGCAGUGUUCUGUCACCUAGGCAUCAUCUCUUCCUGCCCCUAGUAUUUGAUUACAAGGAAUCGGGGGAAAAAAACUUUCUUAGACACACUGGCACCAAGGUAAGAGGUGAGGCUGCCCAGGCAAAGUCAGUGAACAUGAAAAAUCAGACAAAGCAGAGAUGGAAAUAAUGCACCUCUUGAGGAGAAAAGCAAUAACGAAUAAAAGGACUUUUCCUACAAUAACUUCACUGAGGACUCACGUUACCAAUUUUCAUACUUACUAAAGGGAUUGUAAAAAACACCCCAGCAUUUUAGGUGUCUUGGUUACAUUUCCAGCACUGAGGUCAUCUUUCUGCUGUUUGUUGUCCUGCUUGGUUGAGUACCACAAUUAAAGAUUAUACUCCCCUUUUCUUGUUGGAAAACAGUUAUUUGGUGACUAGAAAGGCAAGGGAGGCAUAGCUGGGAAUUAACUCUUCAGUUAAUGGGUCAGUUCUCCUCGGAACUGAGGCAGUGGAAAGGGAAUGCUCCCCACUAGAAAGCCCGACAUGGUGCUAGUUUCCUGUCUUGAAGAGCCAAGGAGCAGUGACUCUCCAUUAGGUUCUUCUACACAGAUUUCAUUUCCUAAACUGUAGCAGGACCCAGUGGUCCUGCUCUGGCAUCUGCAGGGAUACUGAACCUUAUUCAUCCUGUGCUCAGGGUGAGAGGAGAGUAUAGUCCCAUCAACCCCCUAAAAUUAUGAACCCUUUUUGCAACUAGUAAAGUAUACAGUAAACAAAGCAAUACAUCACCAACAAGCAUUCUUUCGGAAAAAAUCAUCAUAUUUUUUUGUCCCCACUACGAGCUGGGUUUUUUUUCCCAGCUUUAUGUGGCUGAGGGGCUUGGUGAGAUUUUUGUUGUUGUUGUUGUUAUUGUUGUUGUUGUUGUUGUUAGACUUUUUUAUAGCUUAAGAUUUAAAAAAAAAAAAAAAAAGGUCUCCAGUAAAGACCUUUGCAAUAUAUUUUAAUGACAAACACUUGAUUUGGGGAAUUGCACAAAUUAACCUCACAAUCUUACUAGCUCAUUUUUAAAUGUUUGGACAUUCUGAAAUAAUUUCCAGCUACAGAAUUAUCCUUUUUAGGAUCAUCUUCUAAUUCAGAUAAUCUUAUUCCGAUGAAGCGAGAACCAUGAGCAUUGAAACGAGGACAAUUUGUGUUGGAUGGUAUUAAAAGGAAUUUUUAAAAAAAUGUUAAGCAACAGUAUAAUGAUUUUUAGGUCAAAUUCUGGCUUCAAAAAUAUGUGCUCUGUAUUGUCUGCCAGGUCUGAAAAAUUCAUCAGGCAAUUUCCCUCCAACAAGGGCUGCAAUUCUAUUGAUAAAUAGCUUCUUUAGCUACACAAUCUACUACCCACCAACCAAUGGGUUUUUUACCAACUGGAAAGUUUUUUAUCUGUACUGUAUGCAACUCAUACUUCACAUUGCCUGUGGUUAUUCAGAGUAGAAAAAGGUCUCUUGACAUGUGCCGGCAUUGGUUACCGGUCAGUGACAAAGAACACAGAGAGGGACAAACAGCCAUGAACCCUCUGACGCUAGUCCCAGAAUCUAGAUGGCAGGUAGUAGGUGAAUCACUCGAGUGAAGUUUAGAUUUGAUGUAGCUCUGGCUGCUCUGAGAAGGGGAUCCAGUCCUUUCUCUGCUGAGAGCUGUCUUGAGAGUAUUAUAGGUAGACUUGGUUUUUCAGAUUCCUAAAACUGACAGGCCGUGGAAGCUUCCUGAGUGACAGCUUGGUUUAAAUUUAGCACAGAACUAAACGAGUUGCACUUCUCUAAUAACGUAGGAAAGAUUUGAGGAAGUGAGCUUUUCUCCUCAUCCUCUGAAAGUGGAAACCAUGGAUACAUCGAUACUUCUGAGAAGGGAUCCAAGCACAAGUAAAUGAACGAGUCCCUGAUCUAGCCCAAGGCGCUGAAACUUCUCUGGGGCUUGUCCUGGGACAUAGCAAAUUCUCCUUGGUGAGUUUUCUAAAAAGUGUUUCCCCACGGAAAAGAAUAAAUGGUUUGGGACAGAAGGAAAUGGAACAUCUUCGGGCAUGCGAAAGCCUCCAUUUCGUCUCAUGCCCAUUUCUAGCCUCUUUCGAAAAGCACAGUGCAUCACGAGCAACAGGCAAAGGGUGGAAUCCUAAAGGACCUGUCAGUUGUUCCCUAACUAGAAGCCAUUCUUUGGUUUUCAAUUUGAAAGCUGUUCAGUUUGCAGCUGGGAUCACAUGCGUGGUUGAGAACUUACCCACAUACAACUGUUAACAGCUAGAGCAGCUGCAGUAGACCUGACUUUCUCUUUGCAUUGUAGAGAUUGAUUUCAAGGGAGUUAACAUUAUUUGAGAAGUUAUGAGGUUAAGCCUUUGAGGUUUUUCUAAGAGUCUCUCUUCAUAGUCUGUUUGUUGUUUGGAAAAAGAUUCACGCUUCCCCAUCCACUUGGAUCCUCACCCUGUCGAUUGUGUACAGACUCCGGGAAGCCUGCUUGAUGACUUGUCUUAAGUUCUAUUAAGGCAGUUAGACUGAGAUUUCCAGUGGCUUUACCAUAAGGAUUAUACUACUGCCUGGCAUCACUUUUAUAAAACACUAUAGGACAUUUUUUUUUCAAAAGCAGUUGGAUAACAGUAACAUAAAUCACAUUUUUUUGAAAAAAAUGAGCACUUUUUAUUCACUUUAACAUUUUAAGUGGGAAAUAGGAACAUGAUUGUCAGGGGAAAAAACUUACAAAAUGUGACAGUGUUUAAAAAUGCUAGCUCCAGGUGAUUAGAAAGGCCAUUUUCAUUAUGGUUGAAAUUUGGAAUAGCUUAUGCAAAGAUUGUGUUCAUUUUUAUACAACUCUUUUUAAUUUCAAAUCGCCAUUUGUGUUUUAAACCUAAAUAUAAUUCUGCACUUUGAAAUCAGUUCAUUAGAAUGAUGACAUGUAUAUGGAUAAAGAUGCAGUAUUCCUUAUUCUGUACUUUAUUUAUUAUACUUACCAAAGCUGCAAUUGAAUAAAUCUGGUGAGGUGAGGCCUUCAGAUGUACUCCUAAGCCUUUGUUAUGUUGUUAUGACUGCUUAGAAAUGUAGCCAUGAUGUUGUUAUAAAGGUGUCUUAGCAUUUACAGUGAGGAUUGGCAGAAUUAAUCAGUGUUAACGAUACCAGCAUCCAUGUGACAGUCUUUGUGCAAGGGACUGAAUGUGAGAUAACUCAUGAAUCAUAGUAGGCCCAGAAAGCCUUAAUAUUCAUACAUAGUUCACAAUCCAAUCUCAGAUUUUGCUCUUUACUGAUGCCUGUAAAUUUAGCAAGUAAAUGUAUUUUCUGCUACAACAUCAUUGACCCAUCUCUUCCUUGAGUUUUUCUGAGGUAGCGCAUCCCAUUAAAAAGUCUUUUCAGCUUGAUUUGGCUUAGUUUAGAAGAGGGGUUCGGUAAGUCAUGUCUUCCAUGCGACAUUUCUACCCAUCCCCCACACAGCCUUCCAUUUAACAGAAACCCCCAACACGCGCACAUGUGUGUACACAUCUGUAUAUGCAGCAACCAGUGGGUUAAUCAAUAUCAACAAAGAACUUUUUUAGAAGAAUUUGUAAUAAUCCAUGCUGUCUAGAAAUUGUCAGUUAUUAGGAAAUCAGCUUAUAAUACUAUAUAUGACUCUGCCUGCAUUUUAUAGUUAAGAAAUGUACAUAAAAUUAAAAUGCUAUAUUUUCACAGUUGCAUUAUAGAGUAAUGUCUGUUCAGCAACCCAUGUCCAUUGGUACUUUAAAUAUGCUAAAUACUGAGCAACUGCAAUAGAAAUUCAGAUUUUCAUAAGAAAAUGAAAUAGAAGGAUACUGCAUCUUUAAGAAAAUAGAGUGAAGAUAUUUUACUGUAUUCGUAACAUGUGAUAGUGAAAAGGUAUUUUCAAACUCACAAAUUUUACAGAGGUUGUAAAUAGUUUGAUGAAGUAUGUUGGGGAAAAGAGCUUCUAGUUUUCAUCAAAUAAAAAAAAAACAUUUGUUCAGAUAUGCCUUGUAUAUCUUACAAUGAGUGAUAUUGCCAUGGGAACUCUGUUGCACUUUGUCAGAGCACAUUCUUUGUUCUCUGUCAGAAUGGAGUGGCCACUUGUCUUGUUUUAGCCAGGAUGGUUUAAAAUACAAUAAAGUCAUUUUAAGUUGCAGACAACUGAUUCCAAACUAGUAAUGUCUGUUCCUGAAAAAGGGAAAAACAGUUGCACGUGAUUUUACUUGUGCUAAAGAGGAGAAUCUUGCAGUUGUUCUCUUUUCUCAGUUAUCUUCCUCCUCAACAAAGUGGUUCUUGAUCAAAAAAACAAUACAGGUAUUUAUUCCUGUUUAAUUCCACAGGGACUGCUUUUAGGUGUAGCUACAUGUUGACGAGAUUAAGUGCUGGAUAUGGCCACAUGUUCAAUGAAUCUAUACUGGCAAUAGGAAUAAGCCACUGUCCAUUUUCAGAAAUGAAUUUAAAGCUGAAAGUGCCUGUCAAUAAACAUUAUGACCAAUGAGAUAUUCCUAUCCUUUUACACAGCAAUAAUUCUUCAUCAGACUGGGUUUUUCGUGCACAUUUUGAAAACACACACACACACACAGAGUAAAUAUAUGCACAUAGUAAAUCGAAUCUGCUCACAUACCUACAAAAAAGACUUUCGUGUCUUUUAAAUAUACCUAAUCUUGUUUACUUUAACAUUUUUUUAAUUUGAUCCUUCUAACUUGCAGAAUGUAAGAAUGCAAAUCUGAACAUGAAGGUUAUUGUCAAUGUACACUAUGGCAUAUGAUAAUUAUAAUUUUCAGAUUAAAAACUUGACUGUGAUUUGCCUCAAACUUGUGAAGAAACAUAUAUGGCUAAAAAGUUUUGCUCAGUCAAAAACACCAAUUUAUUUACAGCAAAAGACUGAAGGAUAUUUGUUUUAUUUUAUCCACCUAUAGCAAAUGUACAAAUCCAUCCUUAAGUUUUUCCAUUCUCUUUUCCUUUAAUAUUUCCUGUUAUCGUCUAAGAACCAUUUUGGAGUGAAUACUGAGUAUUUCUUCCCAUAUAGUCUACUGAAGUACCACUGACACUUAGGAGGGCUUUAACCAAUUUUCCAGUUAGUCUGCAAAAUUACCAGAUUUACAUUUAGAACUUCACAGGUUUUUCCUACAAUUAUUUUACUGCUAAAAGUAAAGUCACGGAUAAAAUUAUGCAAUGAGGUUACGUGAAUUGACAUGAACCCUGGAAAUUCUCCAACCCUGCCAUCUUAAAGCACGAAUUCACCCAAACAAGCUAUUGAGGCUAUCAGUAAAAUUAUACUCUUUGAGAGCCAAACAUUUGGUAAGAGCAAUUUUAAAAGUAUGACGACUGUGAUUAAAUACUCAGACUUUAGAGAGUAGAGACUACCAUGAUGAGCAGUGUUCUAGACCCAGACCACAGGCCUCGAAAACCAUCUACUGUUUUCUCCUCCAAGUUUCAAAAAGGAGGAGAGGGAGAAGGAAAUGUACCCGCCCGCAUAGGGGGUAAAAUAACCGAUGAAGUGUCAGAGGAGAGCUGUGGGGUUCCUAAAUUUCACUGAAGUCAGGUCUUCUCACUGGGCUUCUUUCCAUGGGUUGUCUGAAAGUAGUAAAUACCUUGAAAAGCCCAGAAUUCAGCAAACAGUGAAAAUAAUAGCUAUUCUUUAUUAAACACUAUGUGCCAACCACUAGGCUAGGCAAUUUUUAGAUACAUUACCUCCAACUUCUGUAUAACAGUUCUGCAUUUGAUGGAUGGGAAACUAAGGCACAGAAAGGAUGGCUGAGUUCAUGGACACAGAAAAGGCUCUGGGGCCUGUAUCCUUUCCACUGUACCACAUUGCACGUGGCUUCCUAGUAGCCACCAUCCCAUAUUUCUGACUCUGCGUAGUUUUAUUAUGGGCAGCGUGCGUGCAUUGUCGUUCUAUUUUCCAAGUAAAAUAUUGAGACAUGAUAACAAAUUAUUUGGUCCAGAAUAUUUGAAAUCAGGCCUCUCCUAGAAAGUUGUGCAAGAAGGAUCAUCAUAAACAAACAACCACCACCAGAUGUCUUUCUGAACUUGUCACUUUUCUCCUAAAUGUCUGGUCUGGAGCUCCCAAAUCAUCAAACCUUGGUAGCAUUUUAGCCCAAGUUGGUUUUCUCAGUUCUACAUAUUUGUGCAUACAGUAAAUGCUUUCCCACCAACAUAGACCUACUAGAAUCUGCUUAAGGUGCAUUUGAAACUUUCACCUCCACAGAACUAGUUUCUAACAUCAGAGCCCACUCUUGGCAGUUGUGAUGGGGCAGUGAUCGCCAAACAUUCAGAUGAUGAGCAAAGACAGAUAAUGGAUGGAUCAUUCCUUUUCAGAGUUCUAACUUAACAGCACCACCUUGGAAUGUUUUAAAUAGUCUUAUAAAUAAUUUGUUUGUAGUAUUAUUGUUAGUUUAAUUGAAUUUUGUGUAAGAAGCUGUCCAACAUCAGAGAGAUGCAAUCCCUCCCUCUGUUCUGUGUAGAACAAGGUCUCUGACAGUAUUGAUUCAUGGGAGUACUAAUGGAUUUAGAAAACAUUAAGAGGAUGUCAUUUCUCAUAGUGUUCUGUUUCUGAAAAUGAAUCUCCUGAAUUAUGAUCUUUUCUCCCUGUUACUUGGCUGGGGGAAGAGAUAAAAACCUGUAUAAACAAACUCUCUUCCAUGCCGAAAGCAUGUAUUCCAUGGGCACAGCCUGCUGCAGACGGAGGCUCUUCUCAGUUAAUUGGGUUUCACAAGCAAUAAUUUCUCAGCGACAAAAACCACAACUUGGGGUUGAAAAGAGAUGAAUAAUGGAAAACAGUCGCAUCCAUAAUUUUUCUUUCUUGACUCCUCGUGUGAAUUAUUAUAGCUUUUUCCAAAGCAGGUUAACCAAGACUUUCACAGAGAUUCAUUUUUGUUGAGAAAUGAAGGUGAAUAGGAGGGUAGAAUUUGGAUCCAAAUCUGUUAGUAAAAGUGUCCGAACAAUCAAAAAGUAAGAUAUUUUAGGGAUACACCAACAUCUUCCCUUUCCGCUAAUUUCAUGCUCCAAAGAUAGAGCAAAAAAAAAUCCUUAUAGAAAAUGCUUUUGCCUACUUCAUUCUAGUUUUCCUAUGGCAGAAUUUUGUGAUUGCAUCCAGACUAUAGUACAUAUUUUAUUCCUCAAACUUUAUUACAUUGGAUGGGUGUGGUUGAACUGGGGCACUGGUGCCUAUAUUCAAGGCUCUUUCCUAUCAACUUGUCUGUCCACAAUUUGUUGUGUUUAAAGAUUCAUUUUUAAAAAUCACCGUCCCCUCUGCAGGAUGGCGGCUGUAUUGUUUUGUUCAUGUCUAUGUGGGACACAUUGCAUCACAUGGCAAACCAACUCUCUGUGGAUGUGAGAUAACUACUUACAAAACCAGCUUGAAAACAUCGUCUUAUGUAUUAUGUCAUCCUGCAUCAUAAUGCAAUUAUGUGUAUCAUAACAUGCUCAUUUUUUUAAGAAAAAGAGAAACCAGCAAAUUCACGUCUGUCCGUAGAAGAACGUACUCAGAACUUUGUGUUGUGAAACGUUGAGAACAGACCACCUUUUAAGAUACCCACCUGCCACUUAAAAUGACUUAGCUAUAAUUAGUAGUAGUCUAGACUUUGUUCUUGGUGUGUGGGGAUCAAUUCAAAUGUCAUAUUCUUUGGAAUAAAUCUCUCAGUCAUAUUUGAAGAAAGUACAUGGGAAUAAAGAAAAAACAUCAUCUUUGGCCAAAUCAAGCAGGCAUCAUUUUUUUCUUUUCCUGGACACUUAGCUCAUUAUACAUGGUGAUUGGAUCAUAAGAUCUUUCUGUGUAAAAAAUACAAAAACAUCCUUUAGUUUACAAAACAGUUAUUCUAGGCUUGAAGCCUCUGAACAGUGAAAUGAAUAGAUGGGCUGCGUCUGAUUUACUUUAGGAUGUAACUUUACAAAACACUCUUGGGUCUGUGGCCCCAGAGAGUGAGAGUGCCCAGAGGAGUCCUACACAUUGAAGCAUAAAGCCCAAUGAUGCUGGCAAACAAACGUGUUGAGUUCUUAAAACUUCAUUUGGUUUUCGGUUCAGAAUUUUAAUUGCAAAUGAAUUUAUUUCUCCAGCUUAUCUAAAGAUCUAAUUUCCCAAUAGUUUCCUCUGCAUUUAUAUACUCUGUAGUGUUUAGGCGACCCCUGUUAUAAGUUUAUUAAUAUUAUGUAAGUGUUGUUCUUGUAUUUAUGUAUAGUGUAUGUAUUGUAAAUAUACUCAGAGCUUUUUUCCUUUUACUGUAAAAUGGUGAUUUUUUUUUUUUUGCCCUAAGAUAAUGUAAAGGGAGACCCUCCUAAUGAGAUUCUCUCAGAGGAUGAUUAUUCCAGUCUAUUCUCAGAGAUUUAAAUGAACAAGUGUUAUUGUUUUUAAUGGUGUCUCAGACAUAUUCUGUUGGUGCAUUGCUUUUCUGUAUUCAACUUUCCUAUGAAUUGAGCUGUGAACCGAAAUAGAGUUUAAACCUUUAACUGUAUGCAUUUGUAUAAUUAUCUGAAUGAAGGCAUGAAGGUUAAAUAAAGCAUUUUGUAUGGAACAAAA